CGGGGGGAUUGCGCUCACGAGCCUUUGUGUUUCACUUCUAAUAUCUCACAUAUCAAUAAUUGAGCGCGCGAGCAGACGGGACCCCACGCGCUAUGUGUUCUACUGCGCGCGGACUCGGCAAGGGCCUCUAUCCGCUUUCAAUCGGCUGUUCCACUACGGACUGAUAGGAGAAAACUGGAAGUACUGGUAAAAAAUUUCUAUGACAGUUCAGAGUCGGUGAAGAAAAAAGAAACUGCUGUAGUAUUGACUUGAACAGUUGGGAAGGACUUCAUUUGACAGUGAGGAGAGGUUUGGAGCGGUGUUGGUUUCCCGUGCACGGCAGGGAUUUGAGCGCAAAACGGUUUGUAUCUUUGUUAGAAGACUGCUGUUAGGUGCAGAGUGAAGUUGGCAUGAUGUUGACGUUGGUUCUAGGCGCAAUGUGGUUAGUAUGCCAUGCGUACGCACAGAACGAGACGGAACCAAUCGUGCUGGAGGGAAAAUGCUUGGUCGUGUGCGACUCAAAUCCCACCUCGGACCCGACUGGGACGGCUCUUGGGAUAUCGGUGCGUUCGGGGAGCGCCAAAGUGGCUUUUUCAGCAGUGAGGAACACGAACCACGAACCGUCUGAGAUGAGCAAUCGAACAAUGGUGAUCUACUUUGAUCAGGUACUUGUGAACGUUGGUAGAAGUUUCGAUGAGGAAAGGAGCCAUUUCUUCGCCCCGCGCAAAGGGAUAUACAGUUUUAAUUUCCACGUAGUGAAAGUGUAUAACCGUCAAACGAUCCAGGUAAGCCUGAUGCACAAUGGCUGGCCAGUAAUCUCUGCCUUUGCCGGGGAUCAGGACGUCACGCGUGAAGCAGCCAGUAACGGUGUCCUGAUUCAAAUGGAGAAAGGCGACCGCGCCUACCUCAAGCUGGAGCGGGGCAACCUGAUGGGUGGCUGGAAGUACUCCACAUUUUCUGGCUUCCUGGUCUUCCCUCUGUAGAGGAGGAGCACGCCAAGGAAGGACUAUUGCUCUUUAGCUCGCCGGCUUGUGGGAGAUAGGAAGGAUAUGAGGGUGGCUGAAAGAUAGAUUGAUAGCGAGAAUGUAAAGAAAAAAUAUAGAAAGAGAAAAUUUUCGUCGCACUCACUUCGCUCUGCUGCUUGACUACAGCUCUGGACAGCCAAAACUUUUUUAUUAUCCUUAUUAUAAACGAUAAUUAAAAUGAUCUGGAAAGAAAACCUACAGAGGACCGUAGCCCUUACCCCCUAGUUCAUCCCAUCACUACCCACCCUCUGCUUUAAGGAUUGUCCUUCUGCAGCCCAGACCACCAUUUCGCACAGAUAUCAUCUCUGUAUAUUCUCGCCAUGUAUGCGUACUGUGAGUGUCAAAUGCCAUCGUCAUUCUUCUCAGUACCAAGUCCAGUCGCCUUUCUUUGGCCUGCUCUAGUGCUCCGCUCGCUCACCCUUUCUUUCCUCGGAGUGGGCGUCUUUGCUCUGUCGUGACUGAUGGAUGUCUGGAUCCCCACAAAAAGACUGCAUACUGGAUAUAUACAUAUAUAAAUACAUUGAAAAUCUUAAAGUUUCUAUAUGAUUAUGAUAUACUCAAUGCCUAAAUGAAUCUGGUCAACUCUCUGUAUUUCUGUAUUUCAGUGUAGUGAUCGUGUGUGGAUUAUCAGGCUGCUGUCCAACUACCAAUGCUUCUUGUUUUUGUUUCGGUCAAAACGUGGCUAAGAUGAUACUAUAUCAGAAAUACUAUAAAGUACAAAGUUUUAUUAUCAUUGAUUGUAAGAUAUGUGUGAAUAUUUAGCAAACAAAAUCCUCCCUUUUAAUCAGUUACAUUACCUAUUGUUUUUUCUUUGGUUCAAUAAAAAUUAAAUGGUACUUUU